AUUCAUUUUCGAAAGGAGGGGAAGAGAGCGGCACACGUAGUUACGCUUCAGACCUCAAAAUUUCGACUGAAAAAAAACAGUUACACAAAGAGAAGAGAAGAAGAACGAAAACAAAAGCGAGAAAAUUAUGGGAUCGACUGAUUCAGAAUUGGAUUCAAUUUUUCAGGAUAAAAAGCGUCAUCGUAAUCGUCUUGUUCCGAUCGGUGCAUUUCUCACUGCAGGAGUGCUGACUGCCGGACUCAUUAGUUUCAAGCGGGGAAAUUCUCAAUUAGGUCAGCAACUAAUGAGAGCUAGAGUUCUUGUUCAAGGUGGUACAGUCGCACUGAUGGUUGGGUCAGCAUAUUACUAUGGAGAUAAUUUCAAGCGCGCUGGAUGACUGACUGCCAAACGACUUCCUCAUUCGUCUGUCAUGAGUUGAUUUCUGCAGGGAAAAAUGAUUCCAUAUCUUGCUAGGAUGCAGUUCUUUGCAUGGCUGUCAUUGCCACCCUAACCACUUCUCCAUCACAUAGGAAAGAAAAAGAGAGGAAAAGUAAUAACAGAGUGAAAAAUAAUGCUAAUGUUUAUGUGUUUUUUUAAUUAAUGGGGUGGACGUGACUUUCUUGCUUUGUAUCUGAUUUAUGUGGUUUUAAUUUUUAUAUUAGCUGAAAUUGAUUAAAAUUGUGUGGCUUCUCUGACUCUUGAGGGUCAAAUUCAAAAA